AUGACUGCGAUUAUGGUAUGUGCUAGGGAAAACCUGAGGCUAGGCUUCAGGGACAUCAACAUUUCCAUUUUUACAGACAGCCAGGCUGCGCUCAAAGCGCUUGACUCCUAUGAAUUCAAUUCUAAGGUGGUCUGGGACUGCCUUUCUGCGGUAUGUGACCUGGGCAGGCGCAACAAGGUAACGCUCUGUUGGGUUCCUGGGCACUCAGGGAUAGAAGGGAAUGAGGUGGCUGACAGGCUAGCAAAUGUCGCGUCAGCUUCAGACUUCGUGGGACCACAGCCUUUCUGUGGAAUCUCUCGUGGGCAUGCAUGUCACUCAGUCAUGGCAUGGGCUCAGGAGGAACACAGGAAAAGAUGGGUUAGGCUUCAGCACCAUAGG